AUGGCGCACGCGACGAAGGUUCUCCGGUGCGACUCCUCCUCCAUCUCCUUCUCGGCCUCGGAUGAGCCCCGAAUAUCUUGCACCGACACACAGCAAGCCAUCCGCCGUGCGGCUCAGCUAUUAAAUGACCUAGAGACGGUCGCAUUCCCGACGGAGACGGUGUACGGGCUGGGAGCUGUAGCUUUGGACUCGACGGCGGCGGCACGAAUAUUCGCCGCGAAGGGCCGUCCUCCAGACAAUCCUUUGAUCGUCCAUGUCUCCUCGGUGAGUAUGCUGCACAAGCUGCUGCCGGAGGGGUACACCAUUCCUCUAGUAUACGACAUCCUGAUGAGACGUUUCUGGCCCGGCGCACUAACCCUCCUCUUUCAUACCAACCCUUCAAUCGUGCCGUCCAUUGUUACUGCCAAUCAACCGACUGUCGCAAUCAGGAUGCCCUCUCAUCCAGUCGCGAGGGCGCUCAUCGCCGUCGCCAAUGCGCCUAUAGCUGCUCCGAGCGCAAAUUCGUCGGGGAGACCCAGCCCGACGCGUGCCGAACACGUCCUCAGGGACCUGGACGGCAAAGUUGGCCUGAUUCUUGACGGAGGUCCCUGCGGAGUCGGCCUCGAAAGCACCGUGGUGGAUGGGCUUCACGAAGAUGGGAACAUUCGCGUCUUGCGCCCGGGCGGGGUGACGGUGGAGGAUAUCGAGGACGCUAUGCGGGAAGAGAUGGGCGGUAGAGGGACGGUACCACAGGUUCUAGUCCACCGUCGAGAUUUUCGGGACGAGGCCAUUGAGCAGGCCCCGACGACGCCAGGGAUGAAGUACCGACACUACUCACCCGCCGUUCCGGUCGUCCUUCUAAAGACGUCUGCGCCUCCAUCGCAUGAGCAUGCGAUCGACGUUGCCUCCCUACUGAAGUCUCUUCAAACGCGGACUCCAUCUCCCCAAAAUCCGUUGCGGGUCGGUCUAUUAGUGCCCUCUGAUUCUCCCGUCAUUUCCAGGAUGACUGCUUUCGAUGGGAUCCAGUGGGACCUCUUUGCACUGGGUUCCUUGUCAGACCCUUCUACAUCUGCUCAGCGCCUCUUCGAUGGGCUGCUCACCCUGGAUGCUGCUGGAGUGGACGUGAUACUUAUUGAGGAGCUCAGGGAAGAAAGAGAAGGACUUGCUAUCAUGAACCGUGUCAACAAGGCUGCCGGCGAAACCGUGUGGCUUACGCUCUGA